CCAGUUUAUGUUUACGCUGUUUUUCACGUGAACAAGGGGUGAUCCCCGAUUUGGAAUGCAUGACUUCAUAGACUUCAUAUCACAUGGUUUAAAGAUUCGGAGGAGACAAGACGUAUAUUAUUGUUACAGAACAAAUUGUGAUAACUUUUAUUGAAUAUCUAUAAAGAUGCUUGACAACGAAAUUUAUCGGAAUGAAGUUCAUUGUCUGAACAGAGAUACAGGAGUAAUGCCUUUUGCUGAAGUUAGUUCAUCACUCGUGAUACCCAACACACCAAAAGGAGGUCUUCUUGUUCGAGUGUGUUAUGCUGGGGCGUGUUAUAACGAAAACCAGUUUAGACGACGAGGAAUUCGCCCCCGAUUUCCAGGUAUUAGAGACACUUCACUGUAUCCAGGGUAUGAAAUAGCUGGUAUUAUCGAAGAUGUGUGCAACACACUUCCCAACAGCAAUUACACACCAGGUGACAAGGUGAUCAUAUUUCCUGAUGAUAAAUUGUCCGAAAGUGGCUACAAGGAGUUUAUUGCCAUCAGUGACACGAGUCAGGUCCUCCAGAUUCCUCGUAACUUGCAACUCGAUAUUGCUGCCAUGCUGCCAGGAGGAGCUCUCACUGCCUACAGUGCUGUUCUCAAGGCCAAACCACAUGUUGAAAAACUGAAGGAAGUCAAAGCUUGUGUGAAUGUGUUGAUAGUUGGAGCUGGGGGCCUGGGACUUUGGACAUUGAAAAUUGCCAACUAUUUGAUUAGUGGCAACUGCUCAGAAAUAAAACUGUUUGUGGCAGACAACAGCAUAGAUAAGCUGCUUACAGCGCAGGAUCACAAGUGCUAUGAUAUCAUUCACUGGAACGAAGAGGAUCAUGAGGAAUACAUUGCAGAGCGGACAAUCGACGCUUGUCGUGGUGGUGUCGACGUCAUCAUUGACUUCGUCAGCUCACCAAGAACCAUGCAAAGAUCGCUCAAAGUUCUCAACAGGGAGGGUUUAAUACUCGUUGGCGGUAACAGCAUGUCUGAAGUGAGCAUCAGCCUAAAUGCUCUGGCGGCAAAACAACAAAGCAUUGUGGGAAUCCCGAAAGGCAGUAUGAAUCAAUUGAGAGAACUAGUCAGGCUAGUAGCAGAACAAAAGCUGGAAAUUCCACAAUAUGCAGUUUUCCCCGUUGAAGAAGCAAACCAGGUUUUCAAAGACUUGUGUGAUUGUCGGAUCACGGGACGAGCCAUUUUCAAAUUCGGCAACAUCAACCAGACUGCGAUGGACAAUGCCACACACCACUGACCGUGAUUGAUCAUCUGUAGAAUUUGUCAGGUUCUCUGUGUUUAGUGAGAUGAAGCUUGUCCGUCCCAGCAGAACAGCAGGAUGAAUACCCAGAGUUGCUGUCUGGUUAUUAACCGAUGGUCGAGGUGCGAAACCCAUGCAAGCUGGAUCAACAGUAGUUCAGUCGGGAGACUGAUGCGUAACUUCGAUAUUGUUACUUUCACCAGGAACCAAUGAAGAAUGGCCGUUUCUCUGUUUCAGUGAUGGACAAUACUUGAACAUGAAAUAGUUAGCCACAGCAUUUUCGUUAUUCUUACUACAGACAUUUAUGGAAGUAUCUGAACUAAUUAAUAUCGUGUAGACGAAAUGCUGGAUUUAAAAAACGAGAGAAAUUUGUUUUUUGUUCUUCUAUGGAAUGUUGACAAUGAAUUGAAAUGAAUUGUGUUCAUUUCAAGAAACAAAAACUAGUUUGUGCUAUUCUGAAGUGUAUUGUACUAUGUAAUAAUUUUAAGUUAUGGUCUGAUGGUAAAAGUGCUAUCGGUUGAAAACCAAUCAAAGUGUGGCUGUUUCCAACUAUAAAUUCUGUGAUGUACAUAAAAGUAUGUAUGGAGGUUUGAAUUGCGUGUUUUGAAUGGAUGCAUGUGCAUAUUUCAUACAAAAAAUCUUCCACUGAUAUAAAAUGGAAGGGCAUUCUCAUCCUGGGAUGUGAUAGAGUACUUUGUGCCAUUUUUACUGUGUUGUUCCCAGUUUGAAUGGGCACAAUUUUUUUUAUUUCAAAACUGCCUGGGAAUAUUCGUAAUGUAGGUAUUACAAAUAGGUAUGAAUGUAAUCAUUUUAUUUAUGACCUUUUAUCUACUAUAAAAUCCUUGGUCAAAAAAAUAAUAAUUGCACACACCAUUUCAGAGUAACAUUGAAAUUAUUAGUUUAUACUUUUAAGGAAAGGAGAAAAAAAGUAUGGCUGCCAUUUUUGACAAAAGUAAUCCAAGCAUUGUUUUAAGUUAUUCAAGCCUCCAAGAGUAUUUCUGUUGAUGAUGUGGCUAAAUGUGCUUUGAAAAAUUUAUCGUUUUGGAGUUUAUAAUGUUGAAUAUUUCAAGUUAAAUUUGUUAUUGGUUAUUUAAUAAAGUGAAUUAAUAGUACUAUAAUGUUGAAUAUUUCAAGUUAAAUUUGUUAUUGGUUAUUUAAUAAAGUGAAUUAAUAGUACUUUUAUGACACAUGGCAUGUAUACAGUUUAUAGGGCAUUGCAUGAAUGGAUGAGAAUAUCUGAGCAUGUUUUUACACUGACAGCAGAAAGAAUGUGUAGAUCUUGUGCUUGUACAUAUUUUUAACCCUUCGUGAUGUUCAGUUUUAGAUGACUGCGAGUGUCAGUAGUGCUCUUGUCUGUUUUGUACAGAAAUAUUUACAGUGCAAAAUAAAUUGCUUAUAUGAAAGUAAA